GGGAAACUGCACAGACAGGACUUUAAAGUUAGAAUCUCCUGAUUUUUCACAAGAUGAUGGACUGGAGACUGGCAAGUGUGCAUUUUAUCCUGGCUGUGACGCUGAUGCUCUGGAGCUCAGGAAAAGUGCUUUCAAUGGAUGUCACGACAAAGGCCUUUGAUUCUGAACUCAUAGAUGUUGAACCACCACCCACAAUGACAGAAGAGAAAUCAGCUACUGAUCUGGCAGCUAAACUCUUACUUCUUGAUGAACUUGUGUCUCUGGAGAAUGAUGUGAUUGAAACAAAGAAGAAAAGAAGCUUCUCUGGUUUUGGUUCUCCCCUGGACAGACUCUCAGCAGGCUCUCCAGAUCAUAAAGGUAAACAGAGGAAAGUAGUAGAUCAUCCAAAAAAGCGAUUCGGCAUCCCCGUGGAUCGGAUUGGUAGAAACCGGCUUCCAAAUUCCAGAGGCUAAUUAAUCCUAAUUACACAACUUCCUUAAGUGAAAUGUCACAGAAACAUGGAAGAUGCUUCAGUGAAGUUCUUCACACUCCUUAAUGAUUAAACUUCUAAGGAACAUUCUGUAAUCCUUUCCUGAGCUUGAACUUCAGUUCAUCACAUCACAGUAUUGUUACAACUUCAAUUAAAUUAUGCAGUUAAUUUCAAUGCAUGGA